AUGUCUCGCCAACUUGACAGGCUGGCUCAACCAGCGAACAAAAAGAAGACGAAAGUCAUUAUCGCCAGCUGCAGCAGAUCGGGUACUUUGGGCCUCCUCGCCGCCAUGAGGAUAUUAGGCUUCAGUCCAUACCACAUGACUGAGGCUUGUUUUAGUGGCCCAUUACAUAUGAAGAUUCUAGAGGAAGCCGUGAUUGCACAGCAUAUUCGCUUCUCAGGUAUCAAGCGAUACGAAAGGGCUGAAUUCGACAAGUGGCUGAGUAAAUAUGACUGCUUCAUUGAACUUCCCAGCUAUUUUGGCGCACAGGCUCUCGAAGUAUACGCCGAAGACCCGGAUGUCAAUGAGAAUGGCAACUUCGUCCCCAUGAAUAUCUUGAAACACUUCGAUAUCAUGCUCAAAUGCUUCUUCCGUCUUGAUCAAGUCAUGUUCUGGGCUAUAUCCGGCGGAACAAAUCCCGGGGACCCGAACAAUGAGGCCGCGCUGCGUAGGAACUAUGUUGAAUAUAUUCAAUCCGCGAAAAGCAUGCUCCCCAAGGAGACACAUUUGUUGAUUAAACUCGAGGAGGGCCUCGGCUGGGAGCAGAUCUGUCCGUUCUUGGACCUGCCAAACCCCGAUGAGAAGUAUCCACGGGGAAACGAGCCAGAAAAGUUCCAAAAACUGUUAGAGGACACCCUGAAGCCCAGAGUCCAACGAGCUGCAUUGAAAGUGGGAGCACUGGCUGUGACUGCACUUGGAAUUAUAGGCUAUGCUGGGUGGCGUAUAUCUCAUUGA